UUACGCAAAUGCAAUUUGCAAUUAUUGCAAGAAGAGAGGUCAUCUGAGAAGAGACUGCUACAGCUUCAAGAACCGAAAUUCUGUGAGAUAUUUAGGUGAUAAGGAUGAAAAGGACACGAGUUACGAUUUCAAGAGGUCUGGUGGACAUGAUAGUUCAGGUGAAGAAACGGACGGAAUGGAGUGCAUGAUGAUCUCAGCGGUUAAAAGCAUAAAUGAACCAUGCAUGAUAAAAGCAAAUGUGCAGAAUUGUGUGUUGCAAAUGGAAAUUGAUUCAGGUUCAGCUGUUUCAGUAAUCAGUGAGACUGAUUGUAGGAAAUUUUUCCAUAGAAUUCCAAUGGCUAACACUAGUAGGCACCUUGUUGUUGUUGAUGGUGCUCGUUUGAAGGUUCUAGGAGAAAUUUCUGUGCAGGUAAAGUUGAAUGGUCUAGCAAACCAAGAAAAACUUGUCGUACUGCAAGGAAAUAGCAAUUUUGUUCCUUUGAUUGGGAGAUCAUGGCUUGAUCGUUUCUUCCCUGGAUGGAGAUCUGGGUUCACGAAUGCGUUGUUGGUGAAUAAUCUGAACGAGACAAAUGAUUUUUCAGAACCUAUCGUAGGCUAUGAGGGGGAACUGAUCAUGAAGAACGAUCAGCCUGUCUUCAAAAAGGCGUAUACAGUACCGUACAAAUUGAAGGAGAAGCUUGUACAACAUUUGCUGAUGCUGGAGCAACAGAAGGUAAUAACACCCAUAAAGGCUAGUGAAUGGGCAUCGCCUGUGAUAGUGGUAGUUAAAAAAGAUCAAGACAUUCGUAUGGUGAUAGAUUGUAAAGUAUCUAUAAAUAAAGCAAUUAUACCUAACACGUAUCCACUACCACUAGCACAGGAUAUAUUUGCAUCUCUAGCAGGCUGUAGGGUAUUCUGUUGUCUAGAUUUGGCUGGGGCGUAUACGCAAGUUCCUCUGUCUGAGCGGUCCAAAAAAAUCGCUGUCAUUAACACAAUGAAAGGAUUAUUUACUUACAAUCGACUUCCACAAGGUGCUUCUAGUUCUGCAGCAAUCUUUCAACAAAUUAUGGACCAGGUCCUGCAUGGACUGGAGUAUGUUAGCUGUUAUCUGGACGAUGUCCUUAUUGCUGGAGAAACUUUAGAAAAGUGUGCCAAAACUUUAGAUUUGGUUUUUGACCGACUAUCACAAGCAAAUGUCAAAGUUAACUUCAAGAAAUGCAAGUUUUUCGUAACAAAGCUACCUUAUUUAGGACAUCUUAUUACUGACAAGGGACUUCAACCAUCUCCUGAAAAAGUUUCAACGAUUAGUCAAGCCAAAGCACCUGCAAAUACUACAGAACUAAGAGCAUUUCUUGGUUUGAUAAAUUUUUACAAUAAAUUUGUUCCUAAUCUUUCCCUCAAGCUAAGGAGUUUGUACGCUCUGCUAGCUAAUGAUGCAACAUUCGUUUGGACUAAUGAAUGCGAGGAAGCUUUUCAGUUCAGCAAGAAUGCCUUGUUGAAUGCAGAAUUGCUUGAAUACUACGAUCCAAACAAACCGCUCAUAGUAGUCUCGGAUGCAAGUUCUUACGGAUUAGGAGGUGUUUUAGCCCAUGAGGUCAAUGGAUUAGAAAGAUCCAUAUGUUUUACAUCGUUUUCGCUGAAUCCAGCUCAAAAACGAUACCCUAUACUUCAUUUAGAAGCAUUGGCGUUAGUUUGCACCGUGAAGAAAUUUCACAAAUUUCUUUUUGGCCAAAAGUUUAAGGUAUAUACUGACCAUAAACCUUUGGUAGGUAUAUUCGGCAAAUCCGGUAAUAAUUCGUUAUAUGUGACUAGAAUCCAAAGGUACACUAUGGAAUUGUCGAUCUACGACUUUGAGAUUGCGUACAGACCAUCAAAACACAUGGGAAACGCUGAUUUCUGUUCGCGGUUUCCGCUGGAGCAAUCGGUUCCGAAAAACCUGGACAUAGGGUAUAUAAACAGUUUAAACUUUUCCGAAGGAGUGCCUCUAGAUUAUACUUUGAUUGCUAGAGAAUCUCGUAAAGAUUCUUGUUUGGCAGAAGUAAUGCGGUUUAUUGGAGAUGAGUGGCCUACCAACGUUAAAAGCUCAUUGAAGGAUUUGUUUUCGCUGCGGACGGACCUUGAAGUGGUUCAGGACUGCCUUCUCUAUCAAGAGAGAGUAAUCAUACCAAUAACAUUGAGAGAAAAGAUACUCAAAUUGCUGCAUGCUAACCACAUUGGCAUCGUGAAGAUGAAACAGCUAGCGCGUCAAACGGUUUUUUGGCCAGGAAUAAGCAACGAUAUUGAAAACUUCGUAAAGACGUGUGAGGCAUGCAUCAAGAUGGGUACAGUUCCUGCAAAACCCAAUCAUAACAAGUGGAUACCAACUUCGAGGCCUUUCAGCCGCUUACAUGCUGAUUUCUUCCAUUUUGAAGGGAAAACUUUUCUACUCAUCGUAGAUAGUCACUCGAAGUGGGUGGAAGUAGAGGUCAUGUUACAUGGAACAGACGCAAAACGAGUAAUUAUUUCGCUAGUUACUCUAUUUGCUAGGUUCGGCCUUCCUGAUGUGAUGGUUACAGAUGGAGGUCCACCUUUUAACUCGAAGGAAUUCUCUUUGUUCUUGGAGAAACAUGGAGUGAAGGUAAUGAAAAGCCCUCCUUACAAUCCAAGCAGCAACGGUCAAGCGGAACGUCUAGUCAGGGUAGUCAAGGAUGUUUUCAAAAAGUACCUUCUUGAUCCAGAACUACGGCAGCUGGAUUUAACACGUAAAAUCAACUACUUUUUGAUUAAUUAUCGCAAUCAAAUUGCCACAAAAGAAGGAGUCCCACCUGCACAUAAAGUGUUAUCCUAUAGACCCAAAAUUCUACUUGACUUAAUUCAUCCUAACAAACAAUACAAACAAUUUUUAAGAAAACCUGACACGCACGAUAUCCCUGUAGUAACUCCACCUAAACCUGAUCCAUUUUUAAAGCUGGUGGUAGGGGAUACCAUUUACUAUAAAAAUUUUAAGAAAACUGAUCCCCAGAGAUGGAUUGAGGCGAGAUUUGUUAGACAAAUUUCUAAAAAUAUUUUUCAAAUCUCCCUUCACAGUUCGACGAUUAUGGCCCACCGGAACCAAUUGAAGUUGGCCCAUACAAAGGUCCGGGAUUCGAAACUGUCGCUGCCAGACUUCACCCAACGGAAGCGUGGUAGAACGGAGCCGGACAAGAUACAAUUCCGAGGCUGGUCAGAGGCUGAAAAAGGGCCAUUCCUGGGUUUCUCGGAAGAUGAUUUGGAUCCAGAUUCAUUCAGAAUCAAAAGACGCAAUCUGAGCGAUAGCCUAGUCAUGACUAGGAGUCGCGCUCGAAAUCAAAUUUAAGCAGAAGCAUCGUAAUCCGACUAGUUUCAGAGUCAUCUAACAGUAAAGCACAAAGUGCUAUCGAAGAUUAUGAAUUAAUUGUUGUUGAAUUGAAAUGUAUUUCGUGUACUUAAAAAGAACUUUUGAAUUAGAUUAAUUUCGAUAACUAAUUAUACUAGCUAGGUUCUUAAGGAGGAAGGACUGUAGCGUACCGCGAUUCAAUUAAAAUGAGUAACGUACUCGGUAAAUGGGCUGAACCCAUUCGACAUACGAUCAUCAAUCGUUCGGGUUUUUUACACACAAACAAACAGUAUUGUACAUAUAAAAAGGGAUUAAACUCAGAAGCAACUGAUAGUUGUGUUCUGGAAGUGUAAGCCGAAUUUCCAUCUUUACAUUUAACAAACAAAAGAAAGAAGUCUUAUCUUAAGUUUAGCCAAAUACU